CUGAGAGACUGUUUAAACGUCAAUGCCAGUGUACGAUUCCUUGUCAGUCCACACACGCUGAUAUGAGCAACGCCAAGGAUUCCAUUCAUCAACUACGCUUCACCCCGGUGGAUAUACACUGAUACAGCAGAACAGAUAGCAUCUACUUCAUUCUCACUCACACGGUUGCAGGUUGAGCAGGAAUUGCAUACACUAUUUUUCGUGGAUGGUAAUGCGGUACAUUCUCAUGGAUUUCCAAUGUUCUAGUGAUUGGACUCAAACCCGGGAAAAGUAAAAGGACAGGUGCGUGUUGAAGGAGCCCAGGUGUAGCAGCUGAGCCUGCGUUGGACAUGGGACCCUAUCUUAGCUUUGGGGAAUACAGUGCGGAAGAAAUAGCGUCUUCGUGAAGGAAAGCUGACUUCGGGCUGAAGCGGGAAUCUGAGGCACUGCGCGCUGCAGAAAAAUGCGUUCCAACCACGGCUUUAUCUUGCUUCUCCUUAACGGAACAGCGUGCUUGCUGGCCCUGGGUCAAGAAGAUGACUCUCCAAGCCCCAAGAGCUCCUCAGCAGACGGGUCGUCCUCUAAGACGGUGGGUCUCCUGGGGAGUCAGACUCCCCUUUCCCCCCUGAGUCGCUGGAUGCUCCAGAGUAAAAGUCGGGCAGCCAAUGCCACCUCCCUGGAGCUGCCCUACCACUCACCCAUACCCUUCUCCAAGCAGGAGUUCUGGGAGAUGCUGGGUAGUGACCUGAUGAAGCCAGACACCUCCUCUUCCUCCCGCGUCAAACGCCGGCCCAUCGUCAAGACGGGCAAGUUCAAGAAGAUGUUUGGCUGGGGAGACUUUUACUCUAAUAUCAAGACGGUGCGCCUCAACCUGCUGAUUACCGGCAAGAUCGUAGACCAUGGCAACGGAACGUUCAGCGUCUACUUCCGCCACAACUCCACGGGCCAAGGCAACAUCUCAGUCAGCCUGGUGCCGCCGGUCAAGGCGGUGGAGUUUGACCUGGAGCGCCAGAGCGUGGUCUACCCCAAGGACUCUAAGAUCUUCAACUGCCGCGUGGACUAUGAGAAGGUGGACCGCAGCAAGCGCACGUCGCUGUGCAACUACGACCCGUCCAAGACCUGCUUCCAGGAGCAGACACAGAGCCAUGUCUCCUGGAUCUGUUCCAAGCCCUUCAAGGUCAUCUGUAUCUACAUCUCCUUCUACAGUACAGACUACCGCCUGGUCCAGAAGGUCUGCCCGGACUACAACUACCACAACGAGAUGCCCUACCUGCCCUCGGGCUAGAGGGGGACACACAGGAGGGGGAGUGGAGGGACGGGGGGGGAGUGACUCUGUAGGGUGAGGGGCCACCAGAUUGAGCUGGAUUCAACUUUUUAUGUAAUUUGCUGUAGCCAGACUACUGUACCCUGUAAAAACGUAUAUAUGCAAAACAUACAGUAUGCACACAUUGAGGCAUUGAUAUUUAGAGUGCUGUAAUGAAGCAUUCAUCGACAGGAACAGUAGUAACUAGCACACCCAACAUCAUCACACACGUUUACCUCAACUCAAACCUCUAAUUAUCGCGACCUACUUUGCUAAAUACAGAAAACGCCUACAAACAUCUAUGAAUGUGUUUGUGAACUACUGCACACUGUCAUACAGGCGAGGUAGCACUCUACUUUCAAAAGGGCAUCUUCCAUUUGUUUCUGUAUGGACCCUUGUCCCAAUCUUUCCCAAUGCUCCCAUAUCCCACCCCUCUCUCUCCCCACCCCUAUGUCAUCCCGAUAGGUUAUCCCACCCCCCUCUCUCCCCACCCCUAUGUCAUCCCGAUAGGCUAUCCCACCCCUCUCUCUCCCCACCCCUAUGUCAUCCCGAUAGGCUAUCCCACCCAAUAUAUAUUCUAAAGGUAUGACAUUCUAUCAAACAUCAUCUCUCUCUUUCCCUGAAUUAUGUAACCUCUUUGACAUAGAGAUUGAGAGUGUGAAAGAAAGAAAGAGAAAAAAGGAGGAGAGAGAGAGAGACAGAGAGAGAGAGAGAGAGAGAGAGAGAGAGAGAGAGAGAGAGAGAGAAUAAAAGUGGGAGAGGGAGAGGGGGAGAAAUGAGAGAUUCAGAGAGCUCUUUUAAUUAAAGUGGAGGAGAGAGAAGGAGAUGUAGAGAAUUCAGCUCCUUCUAUUGUCCCCUCUGUAUGAAAAAGAUUACAUUUUGUUGCAGUCAGGAUUCCUGAUUUCAAGCUUUGAUAACUUUGGCUGUGUGUGGUUGAUUUCUCUUUCCUGACAAACGCUGUGUGUUCACUAAAUUCUGAUCAUUAUCUGGAAUAAAUUAAAAUAAAACUAAUUAAGGCUUCACUGAGAGAGGGCGAAAUGUAUUCCUGGAAAUCAAGUUAGGAUUAUUAGGAUGCGAGCAAGGAGCACAGCGAGGGGUAUAGUGGAAAGUUGUGUUAUGGCUCCCUGGCCCAGCAGCUUAGCCCUCAGUUAACUGCUAUCUCAUCAAGAUGAAUAGCCACUGGCUGGCUGAACUCAUGUCCAAUUCACAAACAACAACACUAGACAAAAUACUGUAUAUAUCUAAUUUAGGGACAACUGAUUCUGUACUGACAACAUGGGCUGUUUGGAAAUUAACUCAUAGCAUAUAUAUAGACUACGUGAUGAUUUCCUGACUAUGUAUUUUCCAAUGGUAGGUGUCAUACUUUGAACACUGAAUGCAUAAGAUAUGGUAUUACUAAUGUAUUUGUAAAAAGGAAAAACCUCAUUGUAACAGAAGUGAUUGAACCCCAUGGCCUUUGGCACUGCUGUGCUCUGAUUGGUCUGGAGAGAGCUUAGUGGGGUUCCUGUAGCACUGAGGCCUGGGAGGCCAGUGUGUGACUUGGAUCAGGAACCGCUCACUCACUAUAAAGUCCUCCUCCUGUGGGGAGUAUGGGAGCAUCACGUCAGGUAGAGAUGGAGAAAUUUGACUGUAGGUAGAAUAGAAGAGAGACAGAAUACAAGAGAGAAAGGCUCACACACAAGGCUACAGUGCCUUGCGAAAGUAUUCGGCCCCCUUGAACUUUGCGACCUUUUGCCACAUUUCAGGCUUCAAACAAAGAUAUAAAACUGUAUUUUUUUGUGAAGAAUCAACAACA